CAUUGUCCGCUAUUUACAGAUGGGGAAACUGACGAACAGAGUGGGGAAAGUCUUGCCUAAGGUAACACAGCGAACCAGUGGGAACAGAACUUGGGUCUCCUGGCCCAGUAUCCUACUCACUAGACCAUGCUGCCUCCUAUGGGGAGGAUAAAAAUGACUUGGAUUCCCACAUACUGAACUCCCAACCUAUCAAUAAAUGUCAUCCAAGCUUCCCAAAUCUUCUCAGCCCCUGUUUGAUUGCUCAUCAUCUCAUCCCUCACCCCGUCCCUGUUGCCUGUUUCCCUACCUUCCUUAAAUUCAACCCCUUCCCCAAUCUCAGCAGAAAAGUCUGAACCCCAUGUCUCCACUGUCUCAGGACUAAAAGGGCAGAUUGGUGAGUAGGGGCUCUGUGCAUGAAGAAGAAGGGGAUCUCACCUGUUUAAAAUCUGGAGCAAAUCAGCGAGAGAGGAAAGAACAGCGGCGGCAGAGCAGCUGUGUUUCUGAGUUGAGAAGCAGAGAGCAUCUAGCAGCAACAGCAGAGAGUCAUUCCCAAACCCCCUCGCACCCAACCCAGCCACCAAGUACAUGCCUGGCAGGUACAAAAAGGACUGACAGGGAUUCUACAAGCGAUGGAUUUGCAACAGCUGAUGAACCCCCUGUGAGAGGAGGGGGAGGGAAGAUUGCAGUUGAGGCCCCCCUCCUCCCAACAUGAGAGCAGGAGGUGAGCACUGGCUCUUUGUGAGCGGCAGGCUGCAUAAGAAGAAAAGUGGUGGUGGGAAAAUGCCAGGCUGCCUGCAGGAGACUUGGAAAGGAGCGAAAGGUUGGAGCACUUGUGACCGGUGAUAUAGCUGCGCUUGUAAGAGUUCAAAAGCUGGAAGGGUCGCAGUUUGUGUUUCCGAGAUGCAAGAGGAAGAAUAAAGAGGAGGCGGUUUGUGUGCCGAUGGGGACUUAGCACCAAUGAGAUCUCUGGGGACAGCAGGACAAAGAGAACUCAUGGAUGGGCUUUACCUGCUAGGAGCGGGAAAUGGGCUGGAGAUGAUCAAUGAUACCCUCAGCAGGAAGAGUUGGGUGGAGGACGACAACUCGGAGCUGUCCCUGCAGGUGGUGAUGGCUGCCCUGCUCUUCCUCCUCAUCCUGUCCACCUUGCUGGGCAACACCCUGGUGUGUGUGGCUGUAAUCAAAUUCCAGCACUUGCGCUCCAAGGUCACCAACUUCUUUGUCAUCUCACUGGCCGUCUCCGACCUGUUCGUGGCCGUGCUGGUGAUGCCAUGGAAGGCAGUUGCUGAGGUGGCUGGCUUCUGGCCUUUCGAGGGCUUCUGUGAUGUCUGGGUGGCUUUUGACAUCAUGUGCUCCACAGCUUCCAUCCUCAACCUGUGCAUUAUCAGCGUGGACCGGUACUGGGCCAUCUCUAGCCCCUUCCGCUAUGAGAGGAAGAUGACCCAGCGGGUGGCUUUCAUCAUGAUUGGAGUGGCUUGGCUGCUCUCCAUCUUGAUCUCCUUCAUCCCUGUGCAGCUGAGGUGGCACAAGGCCAACAAGCUCCUUGCUCAGCAGGAGCCAGGCUCCAACUUCACACAGGGCUCAGAGGAGAACUGCGACUCCAGCCUUAACAGGACCUAUGCUAUCUCCUCAUCCCUCAUCAGCUUCUACAUCCCCGUCGCCAUCAUGAUCGUCACAUACACCAGGAUCUUCCGCAUCGCUCAGCGGCAGAUCCGCAGGAUCUCCUCUCUGGAGAGAGCUGUGGAGCAUGCCCAGAACUGCCACAGCAAUGACUGUCCCCACGAGGCCUCCCUAAAGAACUCUUUCAAAAAGGAGACCAAAGUCCUCAAGACCCUCUCCGUCAUCAUGGGCGUCUUCGUCUUCUGCUGGCUGCCCUUCUUUGUGCUCAACUGCAUGGUGCCCUUCUGCAACCUUGACCUGCACAAUCCUGGGGAGUUGCCCUGUGUCAGCGAGACAGUCUUCAACACCUUUGUCUGGUUUGGUUGGGCCAACUCCUCCCUCAACCCCAUCAUCUACGCUUUCAAUGCUGACUUCAGGAGGGCCUUUGCCACCAUCCUGGGCUGCAGCCGCCUCUGCCCCAGCAACGCGGUGGAGACGGUGAAUUUCAGCAACGAGCUGGUCUCCUACCACCAUGACACCACCUACCAGAAGGAUGUGGUGACCCUCAGCUACCCGCACCUUCUCCCCCAUGCCACCCUGCAGGCAGAAGACAAUGAGCUGACUUUUGACAAAGUGUCCCAGAUCUCCCAGACCUCCCACAACAACCAUGCCGAUGCCGUCUUGCCAGCUGUGGUCCACAUGGAGUGCGAGAUGGAUAUAUCACUGGAGAAGAUCACUCCCUUCACCUCCAGUGUGCUGGAUUGAAAGGGGAUCAGGAGAGGGAGUAGGGGCGGGGAGAAGGGAUAUGGCGGAGAGAGGUCUGCAGCAAUUGCCCAGUUUCUGGGGAGUGUGCAUACAGGGGAGGGAUGGGGAGAGGAAUUGCUACCCCUUUGGCUGGGAAGGAGUUUGUAUGUAUAUAUUAGCAAAUAUGUUGGUGUCUUCCUUUGUUUCUCUGAUAUACUCAGAAAAGUGACUUUCUAGGGGACUGGAUGGCUCAGGGGAAUGGCUCUUUUCACCUCCAGUCCAUGGGUUCAAACCCAGGGCCAACCCAAGUUGAUAGUGAAUGGAAGUGGU